GUUUGUGAUUUAUCCAUGUUUCUUCUCUUGUCUUUGUCUUUUGCUUCUCAAAAGUCUGUCGUUUAGCUCAGAAACAUUUUUUAGUUUGUCGAAGCUCCUUCUUGUAGUAUUAAAGACAAAGAGAUGGAGGCCAGAAGCCAACUGAAGCUAAAAGUUUACUAUAUUUUCAAAGAGUUUAUGACAAGGAUCACAAAACUUGAGGAACUAGAUAAUGCUGCAAACACCUUUCUUCUUCGGUUUCAGCAAGGACUCUGCUUGCUCAAACGCUCUCCAAUGGUCACUUCGUCCAAUUUGAUCAAGAACCUUAUCAGAAACAACGAAACAAGCCGGCUUAAAUCAUAUGUAGAAUCUGGCUGUAUUAACAUGGAUGAUGCUGCAAAAAGCACAGAGGCUUUGCAUACUUGUCUAUCAGGACUUUCUGACCAUCUGAUCAAAGCUCAAAGCUUGUUAUCUGAGCUUGAGCGUCUCACAGAUGAGGCAGCCCUUGCAAUGGAGACUGCAACAACACAUCUAGAGGAAGAAUCAGGUGAUGAGUUAACAUGUGAUGAGGAGAAUGAGACUAUACCUUUUCCUCAAGAACUUGAAGUUACAGAGUACACUACAGUUAUUGCAGUGGUUUACAGUAUGGUGAAGCAGAACUAUGUUAUGCAGGAAAAGAUUGUGAGAUCGCUUAGUUUGAAGACAUCAUUUGAUGAACUAGAUACUUCCACUAUGAUGUGGUCAUUGCGUCCAUUUGUAGAAGACGAGAUUAUGAACAGAGCAUGGAAGUGUAUCUACUAAUACACACUUCAUUUUAUCUUUUUUUGGAUUCAAGUCUUUUGCGUUCUAAACAUUUAGACCCAGUUUGGUACUUAAAAAUUUCGGUCAGUUCCUUUCGGUUAGGGACUAAUUAA